AUGAGAGGUGCCAUAUCUUGGUCAUGUGUCGCAUACCACCAGCAUGAUACGCUAGGAAAUGAAUCCUCCCGACCCUGGAUCAUUCAUUGCAUCUAUGGUAAUGCUCUCCAUGCUACCUCAUCAGAAGGCCAUCAAGAAAUUAUCAAAUUACUCCUAGAUCAGGGAGCAGAUAUCAAUGUGCAGGGCGGCUUUUAUGGCAAUGCUCUCCAGGCUGCCUCAUUGACAGGCCAUCAGGAGAUUGUCAAAUUACUCCUAGAACAGGGAGCAGACAUCAAUACGCAGGGUGGCUUCUAUGGCAAUGCUCUCCAGGCCGCCUCGUCAAAAGGCCAUCAGGAGACUGUCAAAAUCCUUCAACAAAGGGGCACCAUACAUCGUCUUUAA